AUGGACACCCGGUCCUCUAGACGGGGCAGGUCAAGUCCCGUAGUAGGAGACUCGGUCGAGAGUGCGAGCCCCAGCGCCAUUGAAGCCAUCAAGCCCGAGUCUUCGGCCACGGUAUCACCCUUAGCAUCGUCAACAGCCGUGAAUCUCAAUGGCACGGCGGCGGCAGGGGCUUCCGAGCCCAUGGAGACGACGGAAACAGACGAGGUAGAGAAUGUGACCAAGAAGAGGAAAACCGGCACGGGAAGCAGAGGCGUUGCAAACUUGACGCCGGAACAACUGGCCAAGAAGAGGGCAAACGACCGUGAAGCGCAAAGGGCCAUCCGAGAACGGACUAAGAAUCAGAUUGAACGGCUCGAGAAGCGUAUUCGGGAGCUUGAAAACCAGAAACCGUACCAAGAUCUCCAAGUCGUGGUGCGUGCCAAAGAGGCCAUACAGGCCGAAAAUGCCGAAAUCAAGAGGCGGCUCGCCACCAUCAUCACCAUGCUGCAGCCCAUAGUUGGUACAGGUGAUCCUGGUGGAGCAUCCACGCUCUCAUCUGCUGCAGUGCCUCCAGCUGUUCCAGUCACAAGCAGCGUCCCUUAUCAUCCCGCAGCUCCAGCGGGAGGAGUGGCCGAUCCACAGCGCCAACCCGCUCAACCGCCUUUACAGAGCUGGUCAAGUGCUGGCAGCAGCUCAUCGCCACCACCGCAUCGAGCUGGCCUCGCUGGGGCCGUCGACGAGGGCACACGGCUUAUGCUGGAGCAGCAGAGCCACUCCCUUCGACACGGGUUAGAUUUUGGGUCUGGGAGAUUCGAUUUCAACGUCGUUCUUGACCCUAUUCAAGCCAUUCCGAAGCUUCAAAGGGGCCGUGACGGAGCACAAGAUACUGGCGAAUUCCACCACGUGGCUAUGAAGCAUGACUGGACACAAGUAAGCCAAGAGAAUGCACGGCCUACAUGGGAAUCGCCCCUUGCCAUUCCCUCACCGGGCUCCGAUCCAGCCUCUGGAGUACUGCCGAAAGCUGUUACGAGUCAACCAGCGUCCAGUUCUAGCCUGGGCCUUGACGGCGCCGUUCCAGAUAUCCCACCAGUUCCAUUUCCUGACGCACAGGCUGCUAACAUCGCAGAAUCUCUCCCUCUAUGGGCGCGGCCUUUAAGAAACUGCGAGCCUACCUGUCCACUGGACGCUCUGCUUCUUGACUUUCGCAGCGAGCGUCAGCAGCGCGCCGCUGAGGGGUAUGAGCAAAACGAAGUAACCGGCCCUCGGUAUCCAUCUGUUUCUUCCCUUCUCAAUCCGGCCAACAGCCAAUACAGCCACCCGGUAUCCAAGGUCUUCACAGACAUCGUUGGCAAAUUUCCCGAAAUAUCCGGUCUGCCCGAAAAAGUGACCAUUCUCUACCUCAUGUUCAUUUACAUGCGAUGGCAGAUAUCGCCCACAAAGGAAAACUACGAACGCCUACCGGAGUGGUUCCGGCCAUUGCCAUGCCAGCUCGACAUACCGCACCCAGCGUGGAUGGACUAUCUGCCGUACCCAGAGAUGAGAGAGAGGGUCAUUCUGGCCAACGAUCCCUCAAUUUUCUACUUUGACAAUUGGUUUCUCCCGUUUACGUCCACCUUUACCAUCUCAUGGCCUUAUGAAGAGGCGCAUACUUUGCUGAGGAAUCCGGAUAGCGACGAGAUUAUGAUUAACCCGGUGUUUGAGAGCCAUAUGCGCAACUUGGAUAAUUGGAAGGUGGGGAGGGCGUUUGCCGAGGCGUUCCCCAUGCUGGUUGAUACGUGCAAGUUUUGGGACGGUACGAAUCAGCAGCAGGGCCCUGAAUGA